GCGAGUCCUCCUUUUUUGCACACACACGAAUACAAAGAGCCAUACGACCUUCGGGUAUCCUUUUUCCAUUUUUUUUCCCCUCCUUCAUCUUGUGUGCGUUUUCAGAUUUUUUUUUUUUUUUUUAAAAUAGAGAGCUGUGGCAGUGCUGGGUGAAGGCCGUGUGGCACCAGUGUGCCGUGUGGUUAGGGAGCACAGGACCCGUCAACAGAAGGCUGAGGACAAGCAACCAUGGACUGUGUGUGUUUUCACCUGCCAGCCUCCGCAGAUCCCGCAGCCUGGAGCCCCAGCCCUUCUGACCACCUUCCAUGAGAAAGGAAAGUGAAUCUCGAGGCUAGUGCUUCCCUGGCCAAAGCCAGUUCCCUGGAACACUCGUGGAGCCGUCCGGCAGUGUGCACCCGGUUCUCUGGAACAAUUGUGAUUGUGCACCCGGUUCUCUGGAACAAUUGUGAUUGUGCACCCGGUUCUCUGGAACACUCGUGAAGCCGUCCCGCAGUGUGCGCCCGGUUGUCUGCACCCAUCAGCUAUGUCCUUCAGCGCCACCAUUCUCUUCUCGCCUCCCAGUGGCAGUGAGGCCAGAUGCUGCUGCUGUGCCUGUAAGAGCGAGACUAGCCAGGGCAGCUCGGGGUCUCAGGGUGGGAAUCCUCCUGCCGGCACCCCUAUCACAGUGACAGGGCACGGGCUGGCGGUGCAGAACUCUGAGCAGCUCCUGCAUAUCAUCUACCAGCGGGUGGACAAGGCGGUGGGUCUGGCUGAGGCAGCCCUGGGUCUUGCUCGGGCCAACAACGAGCUGUUAAAACAGCUCCAGGAAGAAGUGGGCGCGCUCCGGCAGGGGAAAGUGUGCACCGCCGAUGAAGAUGGGGAGAGCCGGGCCCGCAGCCCCCCGCCCGAAGAGCCUGGCCUGCUCAAGGGGAGUCCGGGAGAAGCCUGCAAGACACUGUCUGCCGUGGAGGAGGAGUGCGACAGCGUGGGCAGUGGCGUGCAGGUGGUGAUCGAGGAGCUGCGGCAGCUGGGGGCUGCCUCCACCGUGGGGCAGGGGCCCUUGGGCUUCUUCGCAGCCCCCCAGAGAGAUCUGCGGCUCCCCGGAUGUGCUCUGGCUGCGGUGGAGGGAGCCCCUCUGCUCAACCCCAUGGCGGAUGAUUAUGUGGCUUCUGAGGGUACAAUCCAACGAGUGCUGGUCCCUGCCUAUGCCAAACAGCUUUCACCAGCCACACAGCUGGCUAUCCAGAGAGCAUCCUCAGAAACAGGACCAGAAAACGGCACCAAACUAUCAGCAGCCCACCCCGAGGACAUGCUUGGUUCGGCGGCACUGGACAGUGCCUUGGAAGAGUCGGGCCCUGGUGGCACUGGGGAGUUGAGCCGUUCCAUGGGAUUUAUGGGCUCCCCAUGCAGAAUCCGAGCAACCGGGCAGAAAAACUCCAGACGCAAGCGAGAUCUGGUGCUCUCCAAACUGGUCCACAAUGUGCAUAACCACAUCACCAAUGACAAGAGAUUCAAUGGAUCUGAAAGCAUUAAGUCCUCUUGGAAUAUUUCAGUAGUGAAGUUCCUUUUGGAAAAGCUGAAGCAGGAACUGAUGACCAGUCCCCAUAACUACACUGAUAAGGAGCUGAAAGGAGCCUGUGUGGCCUACUUCCUUACCAAGAGGCGAGAGUACCGCAACUCUCUCAACCCUUUCAAAGGCCUGAAGGAAAAAGAAGAGAAGAAACUCCGAAGUCGCCGCUACCGGCUCUUUGCCAACCGAUCCAGUAUCAUGAGGCAUUUCGGACCCGAGGACCAACAGCUGUGGAAGGGUGUGACCGAAGAGCUGAUGUCAGACGAGGAAGACAGUCUUAACGAGCCGGGGGUGUGGGUGGCCCGCUCCCCCCGAUUCCGGUCCCAGCGCCUCACCGAGCUCUGUUACCACCUGGACGCGAACUCAAAGCAUGGCACCAAAGCCAACCGUGUGUACGGGCCUCCCUCAGACAGACUGCCUUCCGUGGAAGCCCAGCUGCUUCCCCCCGAACUUUACAAUCCCAAUUUCCAAGAAGAGGAAGGAGGCGGCGGCGGCGGCGGCGGCGGCGAGAAAGGACCCGUGUCCCCGUCCUUCGACCAGCCUCACAAGGCAUCCUGCCCCGAUAUGAACUCAUUCAUCGAAAUCAAGGUGGAAAAGGAUGAAUACAAUCUCUAACAAGGGUCACGCUGACGCCGGUCGCUCUCCACAUCCCAGAAACGGGUGGCUCAGCAGCACCCUGAGGCGCCUCCUGCAGAUCUGCUUUCUCUUAACGUAGGGUUUACUUGAAGUGGAAGCUGGAGACUCUGGUGGGAUAGCAGGGCAGGGGAGUGCCGCCCCUGCCCCGCCCUGCCCCAUUGAUAAGCCAGAAUGUGCUUAUUCCUAAGCAUAAACCGUGCCUCGGAGGAGCCUGGGAUGAAAAGGGGGGAUGGGUCAAAGAAUCAUGAGGCCUUGAUACAUGUCCCUAUCUCUGACUUUGUUUGUCCCCCCCUUCCACCCCUCACCCCCACCCCCCUUUUCAUUGUACCCACAGCUCAGGAGAAACACUGCGGGUCUUGUGCUGCCCUGGAAGCAGAACAGACCUACCCAGGGUAAUACUGCCCCCUGGUGGGAAGUUUCACUCAUGGGCUUUCUCUUCUGAGCAGGGAACUAUGGGCUUACCGCUAUUGGGAAUUAGGGUCUAGAUACGCUAGUUAUUGUUUGGAUUUUUUAAUGAUAGCUAUUAUUUGUUGGAUUAUAUGAGAAAAUUUUAUUAUUCCAAUAUUACAUGUGAGGAAAUUAAAGCUUAACCAUUUCUCAUGUUGCUGGGCAUAGUGACUCAUAUUUAGAAUACCAGCAUUUAGGAAGCUGAACUGGAUGACUGCUGUCGGU